AUGAAUAACCGUUUGUGGAUGAUGUACUUGGAUGCUGGUUCUUCUGAUGUUCACACAGGAGAUGAUGUUGAGACAUUCUCUACAUCCAGAGAGCAACAGCAGGAAGAUCACAGAGCUAAGAGGUCUCACCACUGCCCACAUUGUGAGGAGAUUUUUCCAGUUAUAUCAAAGCUAAAAAAACACCAAAAAAUACAUACAGGAGAGACUCUGUAUUCCUGCACUGACUGUGGGAAGAGAUUCACAACACCAGCUCCGCUAAAAGUUCAUCAGAGAACACACAAAGGAGAGAAGCCUUACUCCUGCUCUGACUGUGGAAAGAGUUUCUCUCAACUGCGUCACCUAAAACAACAUGAACGUAUACACACAGGAGAGAAGCCUUACUCCUGCUCUGACUGUGGGGCGAAUUUCUCUCAACUGGGCCACUUAAAACGUCAUCAAGGUAUACAUAAAGGAGAGAAGCCUUACUCCUGCUCUGACUGUAGAAAGAGUUUCUCCCUCUCGAGCUACCUAAAACAACAUGAACGUAUACACAGAGGAGAGAAGCCUUACUUUUGCUCUGACUGUGGAAAAUGCUUCAUAACAUCAAUUGUUCUAAAAGUUCACCGGAGAACACACACUGGAGAAAGGCCUUACUUCUGCUCUGACUGUGGAAAAGGCUUCACAACAUCAUCUGAGCUAAAAGUUCACCAGAGAACACACACAGGAGAGAAGCCUUACUCUUGCUCUGACUGUGGAAAAGGCUUCACAACAUCAUCUGAGCUAAAAGUUCAUCAGAGAACACACACAGGAGAGAAGCCUUACUCCUGCUCUGACUGUGGAAAAUGCUUCACAGCAUCAGGUCAGCUAAAAGUUCAUCAGAGAACACACACAGGAGAGAAGCCUUACUCCUGCUCUGACUGUGGAAAGAGUUUCUCUCAACUGCAUCACCUAAAACAACAUGAACGUAUACACACAGGAGAGAAGCCUUACUCCUGCUCUGACUGUGGGGCGAAUUUCUCUCAACUGGGCUACUUAAAACGUCACCAAGCUAUACAUAAAGGAGAGAAGCCUUACUCCUGCUCUGACUGUAGGAAGAGCUUCUCUCAACUGGGCUACUUAAAACGUCACCAAGGUAUACAUAAAGGAGAGAAGCCUUACUCCUGCUCUGACUGUAGAAAGAGUUUCUCCCUCUCGAGCUACCUAAAACAACAUGAACGUAUACACAGAGGAGAGAAGCCUUACUUUUGCUCUGACUGUGGAAAAUGCUUCAUAACAUCAACUGUUCUAAAAGUUCACCGGAGAACACACACAGGAGAGAAGCCUUACUCCUGCUCUGACUGUAGGGCGAGUUUCUCUCAAUCGAGCCACCUAAAACAACAUGAACGUAUACACACAGGAGAGAAGCCUUACUCCUGCUCUGACUGUGGAAAAUGCUUCACACAAUCAUCUGAGCUAAAAGUUCACCAGAGAACACACACAGGAGAGAAGCCUUACUUCUGCUCUGACUGUGGGGCGAGUUUCUCUCAAUCGGGCCACCUAAAACAACAUGAACGUAUACAUACAGGAGAGAAGCCUUACUCUUGCUCUGACUGUAGGAAGAGUUUCUCUCAAAUGGGCCAGUUAAAAAGACACCAAGGUAUACAUAAUGGACAGUAGCCUUACUCCUGCUCUGACUGUGGAAAAUGUUUUAAAUCAUCAACUGAGCUAAAUGGUCAUCGGUCAUUCGUUACCUCUUUCAUGCCCUGCCUCCAGUCCACUUACCGAUAUCUGAACAAGAGAGCCUCAUCAAAAUUGCAACAAGCGGUUCUGUGAAAAUUGAAUUUAAUCAGAAGCUACUGACAGAUUUCUGGAUUGGGCUGCGCUCAGAGUAUCCUGCCUUGUCAAAUCGCGCUGUUAAGACACUGAUGCCCUUUGCAACCACGUACCUAUGUGAGGGUGGAUUCGUGGCCCUCACUAGUAUACAAACUAAAUACAGGCACAGACUGUGUGUGGAAAAGGAUUUAAGACCGACUCUCUCCAAUACAAUCCAACAUUGCAGAGUUAUGUGCAUCCUUUCAAGCACACCCUUCUCAUUAAAUUGUGAGUUAUUCACAAUUUUCAAUGAGCAAGUAAGGUUUUAUAUGUAAGAUGGCUAAAUAAAGAGCAAAAUUGAUUAUUGUUAUUUGUGCCCUUGUCCUAUAAGAGCUCUUUGUCACAACCAGGCUUGUGGGAAGUGACAAACUCAAGCCUGUGUGACAGGCUAACAAUAUUUGAGAGUGCGCAGACCCUGGUGCUAGAGGGGGGACGCAGCUGGAGGUUGAAUGUUUGAAGGGUUACGGGACUAUAAACAUUUUAGGAACCGCUGGUCUAGAUAAUCCCAGUUCCUGCUGUGUCAUGCUGAUGGGAAGACUAGGGUAUGGAGAACCAUGAGUGCAUGCACCCAUGCCGUGUGUCAGCAUUGCAGGGUGGUGGUGAUGGUGUAGGGUGUGUUUUCAUGGCACACAUUGGGCCCCUUGAUAAAAGUGGAGCAACGUUUUAAUGCCACAGGAUGUCUAAACAUCAUUGCCAAUCAGGUGCAUCCCUUUAUGGCAGCAAUGUAUCCAGCUGCAAAUGUAUGUUUUCAGCAGGAUUAUGCCACAAGGCUUGUCCAGGAAUGGUUCCAUGGGAACCAUGACAGGGAAUUCAGCUUACUGCAGUGGCCUGCCGAGUCACCAGAUCUCAAUCCAAUUGUGCAUCUGUGGGAGGAGAUGGAAGGAGCUAUUCAGAGUAGAGAUCCACUCCCAGCCAACUUGACACAGUUGUAGGAAGCAUUGGAGUCAACAUGGGCCAGCAUCCCUGUGGAACACACUCAAUAUUAGGAAACUGUUUCUCAUGUUUUGUACACUCCGUGUAUAUCAGAUAAAGAUAGUGUGAUGAUCUGUUGUUAGGCAUUAGUUUGGGUGGAUUAUUUUAUAUUACUAAACAAGCUAUGAAUCAACUACUUGUGUUUAUUGAUCUGGUGGCAGGCAGCCUAACGGUUAAGAAUGUUGGGCCAGUAACAUAAAGGUUGCUGGUUUGAAUCCUGA